CAUGGCUCGCUUAUUGCAUGGCUGCUGAACCAGAGUACGUAUAUGUGGCAGAUAUGAUAUUGCAAAAAUAAGGAAAGGAAAAGCUGUGAUAUUUCAGUUUUUGUUUUGGACCGUAAAAGAAGAAGAUGAGAGCAUUUAUAUUGUAGCUAAAAAAGGGUCCUGUUCUGCACAGCAAAAGCAAAAGCAAAAGCUGCAGUUUUUAACCCUAUACCCACAAUACACAUUUUUCCAGCUUCAUCUUCUAGUUCUAAAGCCCUUGCUUCUCUCUCUCCUUCCACAAUUUCAGAUCCGUAUUCACUUUAUCUCUUGCUAGCUCUUUCCCUCUGUACGAACAAAAAUAGCUCAAGCAUGUCAAAGUUCUAUAAGAUUCUUUUUCAACAAGAACGGAAGCUUAUGCUUCCACCCAAGUUUGUGCAAAGGUAUGGAAGAAAUCUAUCAGAUUUUGCGAUCCUUAAGGUCCCAAACGGUAAGAAAUGGAAGAUUAAGUUGCAAAGACGCAGCAAUGGAGAGGUAUGGCUUCAUAAAGGAUGGGCAGAUUUUUCCAUCAACUACUCCAUGGGCCAUGGAACUUUCUUGGUAUUCAGGUAUCUUGGAAAACCCGGAGUUAAUUCUCAUUUCCUAGUCCAAAUAUUCAGUAAGAAAGCUAUGGAGAUCGAUUAUCAUCAGUCAAAUCUGCCACACUCAUCCGACGCUAGUAGCAGUGAAGAAGAAGAUGAUGAAGAAGAAGAAAGUAGCGAAUCUGAAACGUCUGCUCAGAUUUCAGAUGAUGAUGAUGAUUUUCCUACAAGCCCAAAGAGAGGGAAAGCUGUUCAACACCAGAAGAAGACCAGAAGAGAAACUGAUCAAACCAGACUCAGAUAUGCACCAAACACAAAGUACUCCAAAUCUUCCACUAGUCAAGGUCAUGGACAAGUUUUUCCAAACAAUCAGUUGGACAAGAAGGUUGAAGCUAUUCGUGCAAAAGAAGCUUUCAAGUGCAAACACCCUCUGUUUGUUGUUGGGGUUCAACAAGGCUACAUUAAAGCGAAGUAUAUGUAUGUUCCCAAUACCUUCAUUGAAGAACAUCUUCUUCAUGGAUUUAUCGAUGUCACCCUUGAGACCCCGAAUGGGAAAACUUGGAACGUUGUUUUGAAGCCGAAACCAAAAGCGAGAUUUUGUGUUGGAUGGCCUAAGUUCCAGAGUGACAAUAACCUCAAAGUGGGUGAUGUUAUUGUCUUUGAGUUGGUCAAUAAAAAUCCAUUUGCUUUUAAAGUUAGAAUUAAUUAGGCUGCCGGCUUUAUCUACUAAGUACUCUUUUGAAGAAAGAAACAUUUGCAUUAUAUGCACGUGUGUUUUGUAUCGGAUAUUAAUAUAUAUUUUCUGCUGUAUGAUUGUUGUUCAAAACUAAUUUCAUGUUUUUUGAUAUGACUGGUAUGUGAUGAUAUGUUUUUAAUUAA